AUGGGGGACCCUCCCGAUGUUACGUCUUCACAUCACUCCAUUGGCUGCGGCGGAGGGGGUGGAGAGGGAAAGAGAAACGCUGCUGGAGGUGGAGAUUUAAAGAAGUUUCGCGUAGGUGGUGGCGGAGAGGGGAAGAAAAAUGCUGCCGGGGGUGGUGGAGAGGGGAAGAGAAAUGCCGCCGGAGGUGGAGAUUUAAAGAAGCUUUGCGUAGGAGGUGGCGGAGAGGGGAAAAGAAACGCCGCCGGGGGUGGCGGAGAGGGGAAGAGAAAUGUUGCCGGGGGUGAAGAUUUAAACAAGCUUCGCACAGGAGGUGGCGGAGAGGUGAAGAGGAAUGCCGCUGGAGGGGGCGGAGAAGUGAAGAGGAAAGUAGAAAGAGAUCUACGGGAAUGGUUCAGGUCCGAUGAUGAGUCAGCAAUGGCAAGAAAUGGAUGA